UGACAUUCCGUAAUUCUCAAACUAAAUAUUUCUUGAUUGAAUUGUUUACAUUCCUCGAAAUAUAGAAACCCAUGCAAGUUUAUUAUUUCUAUAAUAGUAUCUCUUACUACGUAAUUCACCCCCACGCUGUGGAUUUCAACUUUUGAUUGAAAUACUCACAACAAUAUCGUCCCACGCUCACGCUCUUCCAUAUUUAUUUCUUUUUGAUACGAACUGUAGCCCAUUCCUCAGACCAAUCGUCUCCUCCAUCUCAACUUCUAUGUCUUCCUCAUUACCCAGUACGUCCCUCAUCCUGCCACCUGUCCUUUUUGGGUUUUCGUCUUCCUCAAUUUCAAUGCCCUUCCCUUUCUCCCGUUCAAUAUCUCUGAACUUCAAUUUAAUAUCUAUUUUUGUUACUAUUUGUCAAUACUACUUUUUCAAAUAUCCUGUGAGUUUCUUUCACUGACAGUGUUUUGAUGAUCAGAGACAUGCUAUUCCCAUCUGGGUAUCUGUCAUCUGUGAGUUUGAUAAAUGCGCCAUUAUCCAGGUCUCAUUUUUUUAAGACCGCGUUAGGUAUUUGAGCAAUAAAAGGGAGGCUCAUGAAAGCAUGGCUUAAUUUGUUGAAGUGAACAACUUCUUCACUCACUUCACCAGUUGUUCAUCUUCAAAACCUCUUUCAAUGUUAGCUCCUGUUCUUUUAGGAGUACUUCUUGCGUGCUUGCCUUUUUCUUGUGAUUCCUUUCAGAACCAAGAAAAGGUGCUCCAAUCAUCAUCUACUAAUUUGCCUUCCAAUUCCUGCAACGAAACAUGUGGGAAACACCGUGUUCCUUUUCCAUUCUACGUGAACUCGUCUUGUGUGUCAAUUUCUCAUGCUUUCAAUCUCUCUUGCGCAAAUUCCUCUUCCCUAUUGCUCAGAAUCGGCUCAGAGAACUACCCAGUGAUUGAAUUCUUCCCUGAUGGUGUACUGGUGGACUUCCCAGGCACAUUAUCGUGUCGUCAGUAUAAUGACCUGAACUCGUUUGGCAAAAGUUUUGUGAGGAAUGAGCACUUUGGGGUCUCAGUGGAUAAUGUCAUUGGUCUCUAUGACUGUGAGGAUUCUUCUCUCUGUAAAGCAGAUUGUGAAACAGUUGAUUUGCCAGGUUGUGAUGGGAACGGUGAUGGUGGAGGUGGGUCACUUGGGUGUUGCUAUCCACUUUCAGACCGUAGCAUAUGGCAUGUAGGGGAAGGAUUUUCAGUGUUUUCUAAGUAUGGAUGCAGGGGAUUUUCUAGUUGGGCCGUUCUGAGAGGGUCAAAUUCAGGAAAGCGUGGGGUCAAAUUGGAAUGGGCUAUUCCUAAGAACACAUCCAAGGAAGUUUGCUCAAGCAAUGCUGAAUUGGUGAAUGCUACAUCAGUUGAAGGUGGAGCAAGGUGUGUGUGUCAAGAUGGGUAUGUUGGUGAUGGAUUUGCAAAUGGAACUGGAUGCUUGCAGGCCUGUGUCAAGAAUGGACAGGAAGCAUAUGGCAGCGACUGCUGUAUCAGAAGAAAAGAUCAAAGAAAAUUUGUCAUCAUCGCUGGAAUCCUUGGUCCAGUCCUUAUUGUUGCCUCCUUGUCAGCACUAUUUUACGUACUUAAAAGACCACAAAAACCAGGCACGUUUGACACAGAUCAGGCUUACUAUCGCAACACCUCCUUUCAAAAGUCAUGUAGAACUCAGUUGUUCAGCCUCCAUGAGCUAGAGGAAGCGACCGAAGGUUUCUCUGAGGAUCAAAAACUCAUGCACAGCAGCAACAAUGGCACAAUUUUCUCUGGAGUUCUUGGGGAUGGAUCACAUGCAGCUGUCCACAAGUUGCAAUAUGAUACUGAGAAAGACCUUAUUCAAGUCUUAGCGCAAAUUGAGGUUCUUUCUGCUAUUGUUCAUAAGAAUUUGGCCCGCCUUCUCGGAUGCUGUAUAGACUCUGGCUAUCCUUCUUUGGUUGUGUAUGAGUAUCCUGCAAACGGUACCUUGAAGGACCAUUUACAUCAAAGAAUGGGCCAUAUGUGUUUGGACUGGAACAAGAGAUUGACUAUUGCUGCAGAAACUGCUUGUGUUCUUGCAUUCUUACAGUAUGAUAACUCUCCUCCCAUAUUCCACCACAACCUUAAACCUGGCUGCAUCUUCCUAGAUGAUGAUUUUUCUGUCAAGAUUGCAGGAUUCAGGCUAGUCAAUGCCAAAUUCAACUAUCGCUAUGAUAACAACAAAGAAGGCUUGCACUUCUGCAAGAAUGAUGUUUAUGACAUGGGCGUGUUGCUCCUUGAGAUCAUUUCAGGCUCAAAUAAUCACUUGAACUCACCAACUCAAGCGCUUCAAAAGAUUAGGUCAGGGAAGCUCGAAGAAAUCAUCGAUCCGCUCCUUUACUACCACGAACAACCUCGUUGCUGCCAAGAACAGAUACAGAUAAUAGCAGACCUUGCAACAAGAUGUUUGUUGUUUGGUGCUGAUGGAAAAAUGGGGAUGAUUGAUGUUGCGAGGGAAUUGACACACAUAACAAAAGAGGGUGUCGGUGUUGGCGUGGAUGGAGGAAUCACCAGAGGACCUGCUUUGGAAGAGACAUUCUCAAAUUCUAGCCUUCUUCAGAUGAUAUCAAUGUCUCCUGAUUCUAUGCAUGUACCUUGAACUUCUUCUGAUGAUAUCAAUGGUCGGUUUCAGUUUUGUGGGCAGUGCCAGAAACAGAAAAGAAAAAGCACUCACCAUUGUAUGUUUUAGUAUGGAUGAGAGAUUCCCAGCCAUUGUAAAUUGGGGAAUGGAUUGAAUAAGCUGGUUCUAGCAUGCAUGUACUUCACUUAGCUCUCUGAGCAAAGUGUAUAUAUGGUUUAUAUCUCUUUAUAAUUAGCAUCAGAUCAGAUAUCAUUUUAUGCAUGUAAGAGAAUCAAUUUCUACAUGAAUCAUUAGUAGCCUUUUAUCGGAA